AUGCAGCCACGAGCUUUGGCGACAGGAGCGCUGGCCGCUGCGCUGCUGUGCCUGUGCAUACCCACCUCCCUGGCUGCGCCCCAGGCCGGCCCGGCGAUCGACGCGUCGCACGCGAUGAUGGAGCCGCCGCCCGCCAAGCAGCCGCGGCCGUAUGUGCGGCCUCCUGCGGGCAGCCGGCUCGCCGCCGGCUCGGGCGUGUACCGCAAGCUGCUCUCCGUCUCGACGCCGCGGUCGGCCGCCACGCUCGCCGCGGCGGCGGUCACCAUCACCUGCCUCGUCUCGCGCUCGGCUGCGUCGCGGCUCGUGCUCCACAUCAUGUGCUUCAUCGGCUCGCUGCUCGAGCCGUUCGACAGCGUCAAGUCGGCCAGGAGGGCCUACGCCGUCAAGCACGGCCUGCCGCUCGACCUCGACGCGAUGGAGGGCUUUGCAGACGAGUCGGUCGAGGCGGCCGCCGAGGCGGAGGAGGGGCGUGCCGAGGCGCCGGCUGAGGCAGAGGCGGCGGGCGAGGAGAAGGCGGAGGAGGAGGGGGCGGCUGCCGCGGCUCCGAGCGAGGGCGCGGAGCCGGUCGAGGUGUGA